GCACAUGGAAAUUGUGACAAGCGUUGAUCUUGUAGACGAAAACACCAACGUUGUUCCAACCAACUGCAUCAAACAUGUAAAAGCAGUGACUACGAGGAGACACUACAUAGUUCAUUGUUUGUUCCUCCAAGUUGGGUAAAACUGUGACACUUCGAUGGUUACUGCACCUGCAUCGUAAUCAUCGAACCUACAUUUCUAAAAUCUGAACCAAACCCAAGUGUUUCAAAUCUCCUUCGUAUUCUCCAUCCACCCUCAUUACACGUUUCUACCCUUUUCGUGUCUUCUCAGAUUCAUCACACACACACCCUCUUCGGUCUCAACGGCUCUUGCCUUAUAUUUUCACCGACCCACAUAGCCAUUCUCACCAUUCUUAGCAGAUCACGCACUCCUUUGGGAAGACAAGAAGGAAAGUCUGGUUUUUGGUUCGUGGGGUGGUUUCAAAAUGGCCUCAUUCUCUGUCCCAUGCCCCAAGUGCCCUUCUACUUCUUUUUCCUCUCUGGGGUUGAAAUCCCAACAGGUUCCCUUUCAAAGUGGGUUCAGCUUCAAGCCUUUUCUAUCAUUCAGUUCUUUGUCUGCUGAAUCUGCAUCAUCUAGAAUUCAGUGUUCUAACAGGAAGCAAUAUUCUGUUCUGAAGGCUGCUAAAGUUGAAAAUUCUAAUUCUAAUUCUGCCCCGGUAGCGGUCAAGGGACCUGAUGUUGCUUCACCAAAAGAAAAAGAAGUGCCUAAUGGAAAACACUCUGGUGGCACUAUUGCAGAUGAAGCUUCAGUUACUGCAUUCAUGUCUCAAGUUGCAGACCUUGUAAAACUCGUUGAUUCAAGAGAUAUUGUGGAACUGCAACUUAAGCAAUCAGACUAUGAACUCAUGAUAAGAAAAAAGGAAGCACUGCAGCCUCCACCAGUUGCAGCACCAGUAUCACCACCUCUUAUGUAUGCUGCAUUUCCACCGCCACCAGCAGCACCAGCUGCUGCUCCUACUACCUCUUCCCACCAGAAAGCACUGCCUGCAUUGCCUUCCCCUGCAAAAGCAAGCUCAUCUUCUCACCCACCACUGAAAAGUCCGAUGGCAGGAACUUUCUACAGGAGUCCAGCACCUGGUGAACCUCCAUUUGUCAAGGUGGGUGAUAAAGUGAAGAAAGGGCAGGUUAUUUGCAUUAUUGAGGCUAUGAAACUGAUGAAUGAAAUUGAGGCUGAUCAGUCAGGAACAAUAGCUGAGAUAUUGAUUGAGGAUAGCAAACCAGUCAGUUUAGAAACGCCCCUUUUUGUAAUAGUUCCAUGAGCACUUGAACCUUGCUUCAAAGAUGAUGUGAAUUCUCCACUGUUGGAUAUCAUGGUAUUGGAUGAAUUAGAUUUUCUGUUCAGAAGUUUCUUGAGUGACAAUGUUUCUCUAUUGAGAAAUCUUUACUACCUUCUUUAUACCCCACCCAUUUUUAAGAUAUUUUAGGCAUAAAAGCUCCAUCAUAUCAGUAUGAAUAUUGGAUAUUCCAUUUUUAGUAGUAUUUAUGUUUUCUUUUUUCUGCUUUCUGAUGACCCUCUUGUUGUAUGAACCUGCUGGUUGGAUGUUGGGUUAUUCAAGUAAUUUGUUAUACAUUUUCUGUUGGCCACAAAUAUGAUUUA